AUGCGCGUCUCAACCAUCAUCUCACUCGUCGUCUCAGCGCUCGUCGCUUCUGCCACUGCGGAGGAACUCAAAAUCGAAAAGGUCAAGGAAAUUGAGUGUGUUAGAAAGACAAAGGCGGGAGACACGAUCCAGGUCCAUUACCGCGGUACCCUCGAGGACGGUACCGAGUUUGAUGCCUCAUACAAUCGUGGCCAACCUUUUGUAUUCCAGCUUGGACAGGGCAGAGUCAUCAAAGGAUGGGACCAGGGACUAUUGGACAUGUGCAUUGGAGACGAGAGGAAGUUGACUAUCCCGUAUGAUCUUGCUUAUGGGGAACGAGGGAUGCCGCCAGUUAUCCCGCCGAAGGCCACCUUGAUCUUCCAAACCGAACUGCUUGGGAUCCAAGGAUACACUCCGGAGAAGGUUGAGUUGUAG